UCUGAAUGUUCCAAAGAAAAGCGUUCUGCAGAAAAGCGGCCCCUCGGAGCGAGUUCGUGUCUCUGCAGAAAAAACUGAGUUUUGCAUAACUUUGUGUGAUCGGUGCAUUCCCAGUCACGAUCAGGAAGUCCGAAGGCGAUACAGACUCUUCAUUUUUUUUUUUUUUUAGUUCUGUUUUCAAAUAUGUUUUUAUAAUUUUAAACAUUUCUUAAACGCGCAGCCCGCGGGGUGGCUCAGGGGUGCAGGAUGCAGUACGAACCUGUGGCAGAGAUCGGUGGUGGCGCCUACGGCACAGUCUACAAGGCCAGGGACCUCCAGAGCGGCAAGUUCGUGGCCUUGAAGAGCGUGAGGGUCCAGACUGACCAGGACGGGCUGCCCUUGUCCACUGUCCGAGAGGUGGCUCUGCUCAAGAGGCUGGAGCAGUUUGACCACCCGAACAUCGUCAAGUUAAUGGAUGUUUGCGCUACGAUCAGGACAGACCAGGAGACCAAGGUGACUCUGGUAUUCGAACACGUCGAUCAGGACUUGAAAACGUACCUGCAGAAAGCACCUGCCCCUGGACUGCCUGCAGAGAGAGUAAAGGACUUGAUGAAGCAGUUCCUGAGCGGCCUGGCUUUCUUGCACUCGAACCGCGUGGUUCAUCGCGACCUGAAGCCCGAGAACAUCCUGGUGACCAGCCGCGGACAGGUCAAGCUGGCGGACUUCGGCCUGGCGCGAAUCUACAGCUGUCACAUGGCCCUCACACCAGUGGUUGUGACUCUGUGGUAUCGCUCCCCUGAAGUGCUGCUCCAGUCCACCUACGCCUCCCCUGUCGAUAUCUGGAGCACCGGCUGCAUUUUUGCGGAGAUGUUUAGGCGGAAACCUCUGUUCUGUGGAGAUUCAGAGGUCGAUCAGUUAGGAAAGAUUUUUGAUCUGAUUGGUCUGCCUUUGGAAGGGGAGUGGCCUUCUGAUGUCACAGUGCCUCAGAACGCAUUUAAACACCGGAGCCCUCGACCCAUCGAGGUCUACGUGCCUGAAAUUUGCUCUCAAGGAGCAGAGCUGCUCUCGGAAAUGUUAACAUUCAACCCACUGAGACGAAUCUCUGCAUUGAAAGCUUUGGACCACCCAUACUUCCAUGAGGGUUGACCGUUUUCAAAGCAAACCUGCAUAGGACCAGAACUGGGGGGUGGGGGGAGAGGGGAGGGGGAUAGCAAUUUUGCUAAUCGGAGUUGUUUUCAAAAGACGAACCCUGAAAGUUCCAGACUGAUGGGCAGGCUACUGUUUGGGAAAAACUGCAGUGGACUCUGACUUGAAGUGGCAUAACUGGGAGCCCAUCCCGCGGGGGGGAAGAACACAAAAGGAGAUUACGUUCAGGUCUCCUCGCCAACUGAAGCCACCUUGCAGUGUUUUAGUACGAUUGUUCAAAAGGAAGUCGAAGCAAGACAGACAUCAGUCUGUGUGUAUGUAACAUGUGUCCUAUGGAAAUAUAGCAUUAUAGUUUGUCAAGUUACAGGCACCAGCGUCUAGAAUCUGAUUAGGUUUUUAAAUGUGUGAGUGUCCAGAUCUAGUGCUUGACAGCUACAAAGCAACCUCAAACUAGGGAAAGGUUUAGGAUUGUCUUACCACAGACGUACGAUCAAAAAAGAUUCAGUUGCCGCCCUGUAGAAAGCAGGAGGUUAUAAAAAGAAGGCAUUUUAAGAUGCAUGCUAAGCAAAGUGCCAGACAGAAGGGGUCAGCAGGGGUCUCCAUUCCUGGUCUUGGAGGGCUUGGGGUUUUUGUUUCAAACAAUUACUGGCUUAAUUAGUCAAGAUUAACAGGUGUUCCAGAUCUUUAGCCAUUGAUGAUGUAGAGACACCUAUAAAACCUGCCUGAUAGGGGCUCUCCAGGACCAGGGCUGGAGACCUCUAAUCUACAGCUAAACACAAUUUCAAGAAACAAUUGCAAAUAUUCCAGGUGUUUCUAAACCUUCUCUUUGAGGCUGUUAUACUACUCAACAGUGGACUCGAUGUGACAGUGACCAAAGGCUAGUUUACCAGAUUUAUUAUUUGUUUUUGUAUAAUUUCUUUAUAUAGUAAUAAAUAUUAUUCUAUAA